AUGGGAGAAAUUAGAAACAACAGUGAAGGACAAAAUAGUAAAAUUGAAAUGUCAUCACAUACAAUGUGUGAUAGUAAAAUUAAACAAAAUAGUAAAAUGUCUGUACUUACAUAACACGUCGUCUGUAAUCCUUGUUUCUGUUCGAAAAACAGAUGAACAAAAUUCCCCCGAACCUGCUGCGAAAUCGCCAACAAGACCAAGGACACUUUGUUUACUCGACGUGGUGUCUCUAUUAUGCGAUACGCAGUUGGCGAAGCGAAACUGCACGCGUUUCAGUGGCCCAGGUGUAAACUCACGGGUGGAAGAUUACGUGGCGUUAAAUCGAAUCAACGGAUUAUUUCGUUAUAGUCGAUACGCGAAGGUGGAUCCCGAGCUGAUAUUCACGAAACAAGAACGAAUCGGAAAGGGUAGUUUCGGAGAGGUGUUCAAAGGCAUCGACAAUAGGACCCAGCAGGUUGUUGCCAUCAAGAUCAUCGAUCUCGAGGAGGCGGAGGAUGAGAUCGAGGACAUACAACAGGAGAUCAUGGUGCUGUCGCAGUGUGACAGCCCGUAUGUCACCAAGUAUUAUGGGUCCUAUCUCAAGCGAGUCACGGCUGUUUUACACGAAUCACUUUGGUUAAUCGGGCUGUCGACUGUCGACGCGUGUUCACCAGAGAAGAAACUACCUGGCGACCGGGUUCACGUGUGUGCCACGCUAUUAUAUAUCAUCCAAGAGAUUGGAAAUGUUACAACCAAUAUAGUACAAAUAAACCAUAUUUCAAAUGAAAGAGGACAAACUCUCGAGGCAGUGAUUUACAAAUAUUUAAAUCGGCCUGAGCGUAAUUUGUUCCUGAGGAACUUCGAUCUCGUUACCGCUGCCCUAUUUCGUUCGAAAGAAACAGGGUGGGCAAAGGUUUACCAAGGAAGACACAAAUUUCUGUUUCAUUAAUUUCAACUACGUUAAUACAAAUCCAAGUUACCGUGUUUCUUACACAAUUUAGUUUAGUAAGGACACAGAGGCAGAGAAACUGUGGAAUUGAAACUUCAAAAUUGCAAAAUUUUGCGCGGUAUGCGUGUUACUUACACACAAUACAUAAAACAUCCAAAGUGUCCAGAGUAUUUGCUACAGUAUUUGAUGUUAAUAUAUUAAUGUGUAAUAAUGUUUAUAUAAUUGUAACGUGCUUACUAUUUUAUAGAAAUAAAUAA